AUGGCUGUGGUAAGGCUGAGAGACAGAGAAGCAAUCGAACUUGGAAGAAUUUUAAGACUAACAGUGGGCCUGGUACGGUGCCGAGUUAAACUUACCCAACAAAUAGUAAGGUGCUUUAGAUGUCACGAUUUUGGACACAUCAGGGAGAAGUGUUCAGGAGCGGACCGCUCUAACCUCUGCAUGACAUGUGGGAACGGCGACCAUGAGGCGAAGAGCUGCAGCAGCCCACCCAGAUGCGUUCUCUGCAAGGACAACGGUCACGAUGGUUCAUACUAUCCUGGCAGCGGGAGAUGUAAAGCAGCACAAGAGGCUAGAACUGGGCGACGGACUGCAACCUGA